UUAAAAGUAAACAUUGCUGUUGCUGAUAGGAGAGAAGAAAGAGAGAGAGAGAGAUGAGUGCAGUGCUCUUAUUAUUAGCUUCUUUGCUGUUUCAAUUGGUAGCUGCUGAAGUGGUAUCAUGUCCCGAUCAACAGUCAUACUGUAACUGCAGCUCUACUGCUAGUGUCUGUGAGUUCAUACUCAGGAUUGAGUACAGGCAUACCUUCACUAGCUAUAAGCUCUUUGGCUCCAACAAUCAGCAAUCCUUUGAUGGAGAAGGAUACUUCCUAAACAGAUCAGGCUACAUACCUACAGUUCAGCAAGAUGGCGACUGCAAUUUUGAUGAUCCUAGAACAAGACCUUUCACUGGCAGUGAUUUUACCAGGAGAGGGUGCAGUGUACCAAUGACUGUUGAUGGAGUCAAUUACAGAGCCAUAAUAGCAAUAAAUGGACAAAUCCCAGGCCCUACUCUAGUAGUAACCUCUGGACAGACUGUACACAUUCGUGUUGUUAAUAGUCUUGUUUCUCAAUCAGUCUCAAUACAUUGGCACGGUCUGUUUCAAAAGGACACUCCAUGGAUGGAUGGAGUUGGGUUUGUGUCUCAUCCUCCCAUUGACCCUGGCUCAUCUUUUGACUACAUAUUCACUGCAGGACAGUCCGGCACGUACUGGUACCACUCUCAUGUAGGGUCUGAGAGAGCUGAUGGACUUUUUGGUGGACUGGUACUACGUGAUCCAGAUACCUUCUUUGAGCAGGUCGUACGUCCACAGAUCCUACCUGAAGACAGUAGCUCAAUCCUUGUUGAUUCACCUGAGCUCCAUACCAUUACAGUCAUUGACUGGAUGAGGGAGCAUCCAAACGACAUGUUUGUAAAGAUGAACGAUUCUUUAUUCUUUUUUCCAGAUGCACCAGUCUCCACUGUACCUGAUAGAUCUAAUACUCCUCAUGAAGAGUCUGAUCUCAUUGACGGUACUGGUACUUCAGCAGUUCCUUAUUGGUCUGGACUGAUAAAUGGAAGGGGACGGUUCGAUAGCAAUACACUAGCCCCUCUCAGUGUAUUCUCAGUUGAGUCUAAUCGUUAUUAUCGUUUUCGAUUGGUUGGCUCCAAUGCCAUGCUUGCCUUUAACUUCUCUAUAGAUGGUCACACUCUUCGGGCUAUAGCCAGUGAUGGUAGUUACUACCAACCGAGAGAUGUUGAGUACAUUGUAAUUCAUUCUGGAGAGAGAUAUGACUUUAUACUGAACACCACUAACCCAAACAGAGGCCAGACUAACUUCUGGAUAAGAGCAGAGACUCUGGUAGAUACUAGUCCAAGGCAGUCAGUACUAGCUGUACUAAGUUAUACUAAUGGUAAUGAUCUUGACUGGAGGAAUGGCUACAGUAAUAUACCUGAUGCUAGGCCUACCUGCACCUCAGCCUCUCCCUGUCGUGUCUUAAACUGUCCAUUUCAACAGUAUCCUGCCGGAAGUGCCCUUACAUGUAUAUCAUUGAUGAAUCUCUCUUCUCUUUUUCCUCCUCCUACUAACAAGCUCCCAAAGUUUCCUCCUAGCAGCAGUUGUCCUGAUUGCAUUCAUUUCUUAAACUUUGGUUUUGAUGGCCCUCGUGAUGAUAGCUUCAUUAACGGCAAGAGUCUCCAGCUGCCUAAUACAGCAUAUGCUACUAACUGUGCUCAAUACACCAGCUCUAAGUCAAUCAUUAAUACAUGUGACAGGUGCACUGUUAACACCACUAGCGGCUGCAGGUGUAUUCAUGUCAUACCGAUAGCUAACGCGGCUACUUUUGACCCCAACUCUGAUGAACAUGAGUCAAUAAUAAUGAUAUUCAGCUCACUGAACAGUCCUGAUACCCACCCUAUUCACCUGCAUGGACAUAAUUUCCAGAUACUCUAUACAGGGUACGGUACUUAUGAUUCUAAUGGUAAAGUCACCUCACCCUCCACUGAUCUUGUCUGUGAUACUGUUGGUAAUAACAUUUGCGUGACACCGAGAUGGGCUAACGGUACGCCACCGGCUGGUCUAAUGGCUCGUGUGUCAAACGGUCGAGUGAUAGGAUCCGCCAUUAGUAAGGAUACUGUGAUGGUCCCUGGGUAUGGAUACGUUGUCAUUGCAUUACAGGCUGAUAACCCUGGCUACUGGUUCCUCCAUUGUCACAUUGAGUUCCAUCAAGCACUAGGCAUGGCUGCUAUUGUCCAAGAGUAUGAUCCACUCCAGCACAAGGCACCUCCUCCUAACAUUAAUAAUCACGGCAGUUUCCAGUGGUCGGUUGAAGAGUUUAAACAGUUUCAGGAUGAUGGUUCGACUUGUGCUGAUUCAAUAGCAUCAACCGGAGGUGCCCCUACAACUGGCGGUAUUAGUUUAUCACAGACUAAGUUUGGUGUGAUGAUUGGAGUGAUUGUGUUGUUGUUUAUUGUUGUUGUUGUUAUGGCUAUUGUGUCUUGUGCGUAUUUUGUGUAUAGGAGGAAAGUGACUACUAGGCACGAGAGAUUUCGUUAAUUGUUAAAUGUGUAUAGUCCUUUAUUAUGCUGAUUAUUUUAUUUUGCUAAUAAUUAUUGUUGAUUUAUUUUUUAAAUUAAAAGUUCUAAAUGGUCUGAAGCUAUA